CUUACCUUGGUUUUCCCAUUUUUCUCUCCAUUGUUGCAGCGAGUCUGGAGGUGACGUCAGCCAUGCCCAAUUGGUAGCACACAACUGUCGUGUGCAAGACUGCCUUAUCCGCACCGAGCCGACGGAUCUACAACUUAAAUAUUUAUUAGGACUGAUCACCCUUAAUGAUCCUUGAACGAGCCACCGUGGAUCGCAGUCGACAGUAUCAUCAUGGGCGCAUUGGGAAUUAUUCUUGAGCCCGCCGCGAUUGUGGUUAUUUUUACAGCUGGUACCCUCAUCAACCGUCGCAAAGAACUCAAGUUCGCGGAGACACCUUGCGUUGAGACACCGUUGCUUGAGAACGAAGACUGCGAGGAUCUAAAACCAAGAAGGUCAUCCAAGGGGCACCCCAACAUCCAAACACGGAUUCUUGCUCGUUUUCCGUUUCUUAUAGAGAUAUGGUAUUGGCUACUUACAUAUUGGAUCUACCAAGGACUGCGCGCGAUCUCUGCCCGAGCGAUCAGCGACAACGAAGCCGUUUUUGAGACGGCUAGGCGCCAUGCGCAUCAGAUCCUCAGUCUAGAACAUUUCUUCCAUAUAGAUGUCGAGCUACGGGUGCAACGGUUCGUCCUCAAUCGCGCGCCUUGGCUAAAGGCUGUUCUCGCUAGAGUAUAUUACUCGCACAUUGUAUUGGGCGUCAUCUUCCUCGUCUAUGGCUAUACCUUUUUCCAAAGGGAAAAAUACCAAGGAAUCCGCCGCACUCUGGCCCUCGAAAGUGUGAUAGCAUUUACAAUCCUCACUCUUUGGCGAUGUAGUCCGCCACGACUACUGCCGGAGGAGUACGGCUUCGUCGAUAUGCUGCAUGACAACAGUGCCGGAUCCGCUUGGACACAAAACAAGUUCCAGCUCACAAUUGCGGCAAUGCCGUCGCUGCAUUUUGGUAACGCUGUUUUCAUUGCUCUGUGCUUGUUGCGAUACAGCCCACACUGGUUCAUUCGUCUUGCUGCGCCACUCUGGCCCGUGAUGAUGGGCGUGACAAUUGUCGCGACGGCAAACCACUUUGUUUUGGAUGCCCUCGUCGGUGUUUGCGUAACCUUGACGGCGUAUAGAUUCAAUCAUGCCAUGUUGGUUUUGUUGCCGGUAGAGCGGGUACUUUUCAAGUUGCUUCGCAUUGAGAAGCCGGAGCAGUAGUGGUUCGAGGCAGUCGAUUAUAUUCUUUCUUUAUGUCUUAGGCAACAUUAUUAAGAGCUCAGUGCAGAGGCAUGCGCCGCCUUCUGCACGAAUUUCAGACUAAAGUCACAGAAGAAGUUCUGAAGUUCAAUGUCUAACCUUCAAUUCAGAGAUCCACGAAGGUUGAAUACAUGCUACACAUACAUACUCUAGGAACCGGCUGACAAGGCCGACAAUGACAUCGGACAC